AUGUCCAUAAGCCAGCACAACACAAUUGAUGGUUUACUGUCUAACAUCAACCACACUACUGCUUCAUCUCAUGCGUGGUUAUGGAAUUUUAUUUAUGUACUUUUAAUAUUAUUUGUGAUCUAUCAUCUCUAUGCCUAUUACCAACACUUUAAAGAAAUUCAACGAGUAAAACACAUCCCUGGCUAUUCAUUCUACUCUUACUUUACCCUCCGAUUAUUCAAUCCAGAGCAGGACUUUUUAUUUUCACCUCGUUUACAAGCUAGGAAUGCUAAAAAGUUUGGAAAGGAAAAUAUUUGGAGAAUUACUAUUGGAACUAAUACUGUUUGUUUUGCAGUUCAUCCUGAUAAUUAUAAAGAGAUUUUGGUUACAAAAGAUAAAUAUUUCCGUAAACAUCCAUUGUUUAAUAAUAUGAAUAUUCCUCAUCAUGUAAAGAAUUUAUUUACUGAUUAUGGAGAUGGAUGGAAGAGACAUCGUCAAUUGACCAAGCCAAGUUUCUCUGAUGAAGUUCUGUCACUUGUAUUGAGAGAUCAUAUUUCAUAUAUUGCCAAGAGAUUGGUUGAGAAGAUGUGGGAGAAUAGGGAUAAAAGUGAUACUAUCAUUAUUAAUAAUUGGAUUAAUAGAGUCGCCAUUGAUGUUAUUGGAAGAGCUGGAUUUGGAAUGGCAGAUUUGGAUGCAAUUGGAAAUGAAAAUGAAAGAAUGCCACUCAUUACAAAAACAAUCUUUCAAGUACUAUCUGCUGGAUUAUUAUUCAAGAGGAAACACAUUGAGGCAUUCACUAAAAUCUUCUUCCCAGAAAAGUACAAGAUGGUUUUCAAGGAAUGGCCAAAUAUCUUGUUUAACAUUGUUGAGAAAAGAGAAAAUGAAAUUAAAUUGGAAAGUGAAAGCGGUGAAAUUUUCAAGAGCAAUUUGAUUUCACAAAUGUUACUUUCAAAGAGAGAGGAUGAUAGACAAACUGAUGACACUUAUACGAAAUAUGGAUUCACAAAGGAUGAAAUUGUUGCCAAUUCUCAUGCCUUUUUGCUAGCAGGUUGGGAUACGUCACAAAAUGUACAAAUUUGGAUGUUUUAUCUUUUAUCAAAGGAUAAAGAAAGACAAGAAAAACUCAGAAAUGAAUUUAGAGAACAAGUUGGAGAAUCAGGAAUUGAUUUUUCACUUUAUAUGGAUAUGGACAAGUUGACAUAUGCCAGAAAUGUUGUCUCUGAAACUUUGAGAUUGAAAGGACCUGCUCCAACCAAUAGCAGAUUUUCCAUGCAAAAAGUUGAAAUUGCUGGUAAAAUGGUUCCAAAAGGAGUCACUAUAGAAAUGAAGUUUUGCAUUUCACAAACUGAUCCAGAUUAUUGGGGAAAUGAUUCAAUGGAAUUUGUUCCUGAACGUUUUGACAGACCAGAGGUUAUUGACAUGUUAAAGGAAAACAAAUUUAUCUUUUGUCCAUUCUCUGCUGGUAAGAGACAAUGCAUUGGAAAGAGAUUUGCAGAAAUUGAAAUAUUAAGCAUCUUACAUCAAGUAAUCACUAGUUUUGAAUUGGAAUGUGCAACUGAGGGAGAAAUUGGAGAAGUAGCCGAUGUGACAAUGAAACCAAGCAGGGAUAUUUAUUUGAAAUUAAAGAAACUCAAUUAGCUCAA